CCGGAAGUGGGUUUUUGUAACGGUCGUUGAGCUCCGGCGGCCGGAGCCGCAGACCGUUAAAUCCCGCUCCUCUACGGAGCAGGGGCCCGGAGGUUCGGGUCCAGGGAGAACAUGACGGGCCGCGGAGGGGACAGGGUGUGCUCCGGACCCGGAGCGAGGACCGACACCUCCUGCUACUGCGAGGAGGAGAAGCCUAAAAAGAGGAAAAGAGCCCUGUGUCUGUCCAGAAGGAAGCCUCGCGGACAGCAGCGCCGCGAGGCUCCCGCUCACAAUAACAACAACACGCCGCUCAGCAUCCACUGUCAGCUCGGGAAGGAGAUCAAACACAUCUGCAGCAACUGCCGGAGAGCGGAGCAGCUGGACGGUGAGCGCACAGACGCAGGAGCUGAAGAAGUGGAGCGUUUGGCAGCAAUGCGCUCCGACUCGCUGGUGCCGGGCACGCACACGCCUCCCAUUCGGCGGAGGAGCAAGUUCGCCACCUUGGGCCGCCUGUUCAAACCCUGGAAGUGGAGGAAGAAGAAGAGCGAGAAGUUUAAGCAGACGUCUGCGGUUCUGGAGAGAAAGAUGUCGACCCGUCAGAGCCGAGAGGAGCUCAUCAAGAAAGGCCUCCUGAAGGAGGUUUUUGACAAAGACAGCGCUCCAUCAAGUCUCCAGGAGGAGGUGAAGAUGGAGAACGGGCGCUCCCCAUCGCUUAGCUCCGCCCCUUCAGAUUGUGACGAUGGUGAGCGGAUGGAUGGAGCCGCAGCAGCUGUAGGAUCAUCUGAUGUUCAGAUGCCGAAUGAUGGCACAUGUCAGCAGGACUUCUGCCAGGCCCCGCCCACAAAGACAUCAGCGCCCUGUCCGACUGACGGUGGGGAGUCGCCGCUCUCCAGACCUCCAUCCGUUCACAAACAGCCUCCCGCUCUGCCACCAAAACCCUUCAGCAGGCUGCCCAAUCACUUCACAGACGGCGCCCCCAUCAGGUUACCGUGCAUGUCCAUCAAGCUGUCCCCCCCUCUACCUUCAAAGAAGCUCCUGAUCUCUGUCCCUGUGAGCACCAUGGAGCCGUCCCCGCUGGCCUUCCAGAAGUGUCCCGCCCCUUCCAGCCACCCCCCUGUGGGCGGGCCCUCGCUGCAGUACGGACAGCUGCCCCUCCCCCUCCAUCCACCCAGCCGGAUCAUAGAGGAACUAAACAAAACCCUGGCCCUCACCAUGCAGAGGUUUGAGAGCUCCAUGACGCACGCGGGUCCCGCGGUGAUGAUCGAAUGUGACGACGAUGACAAAGAAAACCAUCCCGACGAGGCCGACUAUGAAGACCUGCCAGGGAUGUACAACGAGGAGGAAGAGGAAGAGGAGGAGGAGGAAGAAGAAGAGGAGGAAGACGAGGAGGAGGAAGAGGAGGACGAUGACGACACGCUUUUCACAAGUACGCUCGCCAUGAAGAUUUUACGGAGAGACUCUCUGGCCAUCAAGCUGAGCAACCGGCCCUCCAAGAGGGAGCUGGAGGAGAAGAACAUCCUGCCCAUGCAGUCGGACCAGGAGCGGCUGGAGUCACGGCAGCAGACGGCCACCAAGCUGACCAGGCGUCUGAGUCAGAGGCCGACGGCUGAGGAACUGGAACAGAGGAACAUACUGAAGCCUCGCAAUGAUCAGGAGGAGCAGGAGGAGAAGAGGGAGAUCAAAAGACAUUUAUCUAAAAAGCUCAGCCAGAGACCCACCGUGGAGGAGCUGAGGGAGGCGAAGAUCCUCAUCCGCUUCAGCGACUAUGUGGAGGUGGCCGAGGCUCAGGACUACGACAGGAGAGCCGACAAACCGUGGACGCGGCUAACGGCCGCCGAUAAGGCCGCCAUAAGGAAGGAGCUGAACGAGUUCAAAAGCACAGAAAUGGAGGUGCAUGAGUCGAGCCGCCAUCUGACCAGGUUCCACCGGCCCUGACACCACCUGCUGCCCUGUUUGUUUUUACUGCUAACCAGCGCCACCUGCUGACUGAUAAGCUGACCUCAGGAGUUUGAGCCUUCAAAGGGACGGUUGGACUCUGGACUGCCAUCUCCCUGCAGGGAGAGCAAAAGAACUUCUUGAUAUUCAAAAGCUUUUAACUGUUUUUUUAAAGAUGAUGAUGAGGUGGAGAUGUUUUACCUCGCAGAUGAAGGUCAAACUGACUUCCUGUGCCAAUCUGUGAUCAUGACUUCUCAGAGAUGACGGUGCGCGUUUAUUUUUUUACCCGUUAUGGAUUCUGGCCGUUUUAUCCCACAGACGUCUGGAAGUCCCACAUGGAAUUCCACAUCCGUUUACAGAGCAAUAACUUCAGAUUUCGCUCCGCUCUGGAGCUUCAGCUCCUCAAAUCCCCGAUUUAAACCAAAGCGGGCUGACCUGGACCAUAAACGCACCACGCAGUGAUCACUGUGGAGAGUUCACGGACCGACUGCGUCUCUGGACUUGACAGUUUUUGUUUACACUCAUUUCAAAUUUGCCAAAUGUUUCAUUUGAAAAACUGGAUGGAAACCCUAAAGUCCAGAUAGGGGGCACCCCGCCGCGCCCCUUACCGUGUGGUGUUUACAGCUGAAGAACCCGUCGUGUUGGACGACGCUUCGGUCAUGACAAAAAAAUAUUCUAUGAGGAUGUACAGAAAGUGGAGAUUUUUGGAUGUUUUUGUAAACAAACUGCAUGUUGUAUUAAUUUAUUGUGAGUCUUUAAUGAUGUACACAAUUUCUUAAA